AUGAAGCUCGCCCUCCUCACUCUCCUCCCCACAGCUAUCUCCGCCACCCCGUGGCCAACCCACAAAUUCCACACGACAAACAUAAGCGCACCCAUCUUGAACAUCACCACAACCGGCCCUACAACUCCAGGCUUUCUUUUCUUCGCCCCCUCCACAAGUACCUCCGGCAUCCCCGCAAUCUACGCCGACAACGGCGAUCUGAUCUGGCACGGCCCCGUCGGCAAAACAUACGCCUACCAGCCGCAAACGCUAAACGGCGAGCCGGUCCUCACAUUCUGGCAGGGCCACAAUGUCAAGGGGUUCGGAUACGGGCAUAUCAGCAUCCUAAAUGCGUCGUAUGAGGAGAUCCACCGCGUUACAUUGCCUAGUUCAGAAAGCAACAAAUUCGUGACUGCAACGAACGAGUCAUUCCCCUCGUACAUCGAUAUCCAUGAGAGCACGAUUACCGAGGACGGCACGAUCAUCGUUACGGCUGUGAAUGUCACGCAGACGGAUUUGAGACCUGUUGGUGGGAAGAAAGACGGGUGGGUGCAGGAUGGACUGGUCUAUGAGAUUGAUAUCGAGACCAACAAGGUCUUGUUCCGGUGGAGUGCUGUCGAGCAUAAGGCGCAGUUGCCGCUGGAGUACGUCGAGUAUCCGCUGAACGGUGCAGGGGGGAAUAGUUCUGCGCCGUACGAGUAUCCGCAUUUGAACUCCGUCGCUAAAUAUGGGGAUCACUAUCUCGUUUCGUCGAGGUAUAUGUGUAGUAUCUUCUUGCUGGACAAGAAUGGGGACGUGGUCUGGUUGUUCCAUGGCCAAAAAGGAGGCUCCUACAUCCUCCCCUCAACCCCGGGCUCGAAAUUCUGCUACCAGCACGACGCGCGCAUCCACGGCCACACGGCCAUCGGCGAGCCCAACGAAACAAUAACACUCUCGCUGCACAACAACGACAACACCGACAUCACGCUCCCGCGCCGCCUAACAACAGGCCUAGUCUUCGCCCUGUACCCCUUCAACAAAACAUCCACCUUACUCUCGCGCACCUACGACGCCCAAGACCCAGUCUCCGCUAUAUCGCAGGGGAACUACCAGUCCCUGCACGCAAACGGAACGGGCCAUUAUCUCGCGGGCCACGGCGCUGUCCCGAAGAUCGAAGAGUACGAUGUAUCUGGGCGGCUCGUUAUGCGCGGGUGGUUCGGGGCGAAGACGAACGGGAGUAGUGCGACGAGUACGUAUGACUGGACGUCUUAUCGCGCGUAUAGAGCGGAGUGGAUUGGGAGGCCGAAAGGUUUGCCUGUUGUUUCUGCUUGUUGGGGCGGAGGCGAUGAGCGGAAUGUUACUGUUUGGGUGAGCUGGAAUGGGGCGACGGAUGUAGAGGGGUGGAGGGUUUACGGAUCAAGCUCCAGCUUGGAGUCCGCGGCCGCAAAGGGAUUGAUGGUCUUGGGCGACGUGGUGAAGGAUGGAUUUGAGACGCGGAUUAUGCUUGGGGCUAGCACGAGCUUAGGUCUAGAUAUGAAGGGUGUGAGUGCGAUUGUGGUGGAGGCUGUUGGAGGUGUUGGAGAUGGGGUCAGGAGCAAGGCUGUUCAUCUCGGGUCCUGCUCUAGACAAAGAGUUGAAUAG